AUGGGAAAAUCGAAGCCAAGCCGAUCGCGUGAGGCAGAGAAGGUGCCGCCCGAGACGUCAAGCCAAAGUUCUAGCUGGACAUCUUCCAUCUGGCUCUAUGGUACCUUUUCCUUGCUUGGUGUCUUGCUUUCAUUGGCCACACGCCUUGGUGGGCCAGAUGCGGCCAUGAAAUACCAGAACCUGGCAAAUUGGGUGAGUAGCCAUGGCGGAUUUGUAUCUGCCAAGCUCAGAUAUGUCGAUGAGACAGUCAAAGGGGCCAUGCUCGUAGCGGCUCAGAACAUCAAAUCUGGAGAAAAGAUAUUGCAGAUUCCACGGGAUCUUCAAAUCAGUGAUGCCUCCAUUCGCCAAAGAAGCGACCUUCCCUCACAUGUUGACGGAAUUGAUGACUUGAGCCUCGGUCGAAGUGGAGUGGCAGCAAUGGCAGCAUGGCUUUCGAGCCAAUAUGGUAGCUUUUUGCAAAGCCCUGCAUCUGUGGGAAUAUGGCAGCCAUGGUGGGACAUGUUCUCACCUCCCUUUUCCAUGCCGUUUUACCGAGAGACGCGGGAGCAGUUGCUGCUGGUCGGUUCCUUUGAGUUUCAAGAGAUCAGACGUAGCCUUUUCUGGUACACACGCGACUUUGAAAAGCUCACGGCAUCCUGCAAGACAAAAUGCAGCAAAGAACUGCAGAUGAUGGACAUGAACACCUACCAGGCAGUGAACCAGUUCAUUCUCUCGCAUGCAGCCAAAGGUCCAGGAGGAAAGCCACAUAUCAUUCCAAUCUUCGAAUUUCUGAAUCACUUGCCAGAGUUAACUUCAGAUUUGAACUACGAGAUGGACGACAACGGAGAUUUGGUGGUUUCGGCCAAAUGGGAAAUCCCAGCAGAUGAGGAAAUCACUAUCAGUUAUGGUCGCAGAUCCAAUCCCGAGCUCUUGGCCUCGUUUGGCUUUGCGGAUCCGCCGUUUCUGGAGCCCUUUUGGUCCUUGCGGAUCUUCACGCAGGUGCUCGCGGAGAAGUACUACACAGAGCUAGACAUUGAGGACAUGGAGAUCGAUGUCCGCUUGGCGACCCCUUGGCUCAGCAGUCUCCCUGGCGAUAUCGCUGCGCCGGAGGAAGUCGCCAACAGCACCCUGCAUACGCUGCAGUGGGAGCUGGCCCGCGGCAAGGGAACAGUCCCAACGCUGCUGAGUUUGGUGGAGACUGUGGCAGACCACUUCAUCUCCUGGUACAGUAAAGAUCAUUUCAUUAGCACCUUCCGAGACACCUUGGAGGAGAAUCGCGGUAAAAAUGCCAGUAGCUCUGUUUGGUGGCGGUCGCAAGAUGCCUCAAGCUUCAGCCGUCAGCAGUUUGCUGCACGCUUGCAGACGCUAGGCCGGGCGAAGCGCCUUGAGCUAGUGGAAGCGGCCAGUGAGGCCGAUCUCAGUGAUCCCAGGAGACUUGGAUUUUGGAACUCCACGGUGGUUCGAGUCAAGAUGAGCGAGUACCUGUGUGCUUUAGCUUAUAAAGAAGCUGUACUGCUCAUACGCGAAGAAUUGGC